GCGACGCCCGGCAACCCGGGCAGCUCGAGCGGCGGUGCCGUGGAGGAGCUCGCGCAGGCCAUCCACCAGGUGAUCGACCAGAGCAAGGUCACCAGUGACUCGCGCCUCAAGCACACGGUCCGGUCGAUCGCGGAGAUCACGGGCUCCGCAGGAGGGCCGGAUAUUGUAGAGGACUCCCCGGCAUUCAAGAAGCUCAAGACGGACAUGCUGGCGCUCCAGACCGAGCAGAAGUCCCAGAGAGGCACCCUCGUGGCCCUCCAGCAGACCGUCGAGAACACGUCUGGUGACAUCAAGGACAUGAAGAUGACGCUCGCCGCGGCCCUGGCGGCGCCGAGCCGGGCAGGCAACCCCGGCCACCACCAGCAGGGCUCCGGUGGGGGCGCCCAGCCUGAGGCCAGGGCCAACGGCGAACCGCUCUUCCAGCCGGAGGUGGACGCAGCCUUGCAUUCGGCAGCAGCAGGGGUGCUUGGCAUCUCCGCAGACCGCAGGGAAAUGGCCGAGCUCGGGGCGAACAUCGGGGAUGGCGCCAUGGGAUUCGAGCCGUGGUGGACGAGCGUGAUGAAGUUCAAGACGCAGCAGCAAUGGGAUGCGAAGCUGCAGAACCUGUCCCAGGGGGCCAUAGCCCCGGGGACAGCCACGACGAAGGAGGCAGUCGGCGCCAUUUUGUACAACCACGUGAACAAGGAUGGCACCUGGUCGCAGCACCCGCUCUGGACCCCAGCCCGCACGUGA